AUUCUGGCUAGCUUAAUAUAGCUUGUGUUAGCUUUAAGCUAGUGUUGAUAAAGUGAGUUGAAGGUGGGAGGGGAUUGGUUCUGCCUGUUUAGGGAGUUCGCCUCAGUUUUGACAACCAGAACACAACUGGGAUAGUGGACAUUGUCGCCAAGUACCUGGACACCCCUGUCAUAUCUCGCAAAACAGCCUGUUGUCCUCAAACUUGUGUCGUGUGAGAAGCAACAACCAGAGUUCAAACUGAAUGGCUGAGGGCUCCUCAGAUCCACCUGACCUCCAUUCAGAUGAGGCGUCACAUCAAAAAAUCUAUCAGCACAAAUCCAGAAGAGGCCGCCCCAGACACAACAAUGACAGAAACCUGAAUAGUUAUGAUCCUUCUCAACAAUAUGGACACCUUCACCAGGGCUUCAAACCCCCAUUUAGCCAUGAUAAUUCAAAUUAUGCAUUGCAUCAUCAACCUCCAUACCAAGGAGAGGAUGGAGCCAGAAGGCGAGGCAGAGGUAGAGGGAGGAGAGAGGGGAAUAGAAGUGUAAAUGGGAAUUUUGGUGGCUUCAGCUCCAGUUGGCAAAGACCAGGAGGCGACUUUGGUCCGUAUAAUGGCAACAACAGAGGUGCAGGGGGCUUUCACUCCGGGGCAUAUCCCAUGGAUGGACCUGAUGGACCUAACUGGCGAAGAGAAGAUACAGGAAGGAAUUUUGAACAAACAAAUGAAGACCAGGAUGCCCAGGCUAAAAAACCAAGGAAGUUUAGCCAGGAGCAGAGAAGAGGACAACAACCUGAAAAGGGUAGUCGUUUUAAGGAGAACAACGCUGCAGUUGGGGGUCAGAGGUCAGAUGACACCAAAGGAGAGAACCCCUCGUUAGACAUCAGGGACAGAAGUCAGAGGAGCAGUACUGGCCCAGACUUUCAACGUGAUGAUCAUCAGAGGGCACACACUGAAGCAAAACGACGUCAAGGACCAAUCAAACCGCCCAAACAACCAUCUCAAGAGGAAACAGCCUUGGAGAUGAGGCCCAGUGUCCAAGAUGACUCUGGCCAUAGAAGAUCAUCUCAGGAUCCGGUCUGUAAAGCUGGACGAGGCUCAGGACGACACACACCCCAGCAGGCAAGAGGGGGGAGAAGAAUGCAUUAUCAAAACCACAGGCCAGGCCAGAGGAACUGGGACAAGAUGCCAGAGAGCAAGGAGACACAGACAGGAUGUCUGAUAGAGCAGCUGUCAGAGGAGAAGUACGAGUGCAUGGUUUGCUGUGAUGUCAUCCGGUGCAUGGCCCCGGUGUGGAGCUGCCAGAGCUGCUUCCACGUCUUCCACCUGAACUGUAUCAAGAAGUGGGCUCGAUCCCCGGCCUCUCAGGCAGACGAAUCAGCUAAAGGCUGGAGAUGUCCGGCCUGCCAGAAUGUUGCACUGAAACCACCAACGUCCUACACCUGCUUCUGUGGUAAAGUGACAAACCCAGAGUGGCAGCGCAGUGAGAUUCCUCACACCUGUGGUGACAUGUGUGGGAAGAAAAGGAGCGGAGUGGACUGUAACCACCCCUGUAACAUCUUAUGUCACCCUGGACCUUGUCCGCAAUGUCCUGCCUUUGUAACAAAAUCCUGUACCUGUGGGAAGACAAGUCAACCAGUGCGCUGUGGCCAAGGUACAGUUCUCCGGUGUGACAAGGCGUGUGGUGCCUUCCUUAACUGUACUAAACACACCUGCACCCAGGUGUGCCACAGUGGGGCAUGUCAACCCUGCCAGCUGCAAGUUCAGCAGGUGUGCUACUGCAGCGUUACCACUCGUGAAGUCCUGUGUGGCACAGAUAGAGAUGGAUUUGAUGGUUCGGGACAUUUCUCUUGUCAAAAAUUAUGUGGGAAGAUGCUAAACUGCGAGGCUCACCGGUGCCAGCAGGUGUGCCACCGUGGCGCGUGUCAGCCGUGCCCACUCUCCCCAAGCUUGGUGAAGACAUGUCCUUGUGGUCAGACACCACUGGCCAAGCUCAUGGAACUGGGCUACUCUGAACGACGAAGCUGCUCUGAUGCCAUCCCCUCCUGUGGGAAGACGUGCAACAAACCCCUGGCCUGUGGCUCCAGCGACACCAUCCAUCUGUGUGAGAAGUUGUGCCAUGAGGACAGCUGCGGGCCCUGCUCCCUGACCUCCACUAUCAGAUGCAGAUGUGGCUCCAAGACCAAGGAGGUCCCGUGUAAAACGAUCCAAAAAGAAGAUGAGCUUGUCUUCACUUGUGAGAAGCGCUGCAACAAGAAGCGCUCCUGUGGUCGACACAAGUGCGGUGAGCUGUGUUGUGUGAAUGUAGAGCACAAGUGUCCCCUGAUCUGCGGCUACAAGCUCAACUGUGGCCUCCACCGCUGCCAGGAGCCCUGUCACCGUGGAAACUGUGAGCCCUGCUGGCAGUCCAGUUUUGAUGAGCUGGCUUGUUACUGCGGGCUCACUGUCUUGUACCCGCCCAUCCCCUGCGGCACAAAGCCACCAGAGUGCAAAAACUUAUGCACAAGAAGACACGAGUGUGACCACCCAGUGUUUCACAACUGCCACAGUGAAGAGAAGUGUCCACCUUGCACUUACCUUACUCAGAAGUGGUGCAUGGGAAAGCACGAGCAACGUAGCAACAUUCCAUGUCAUCUGCAAGACAUCUCUUGCGGCCUGGUGUGUAAUAAAGCGCUGCCAUGUGAAAUGCACCGCUGCAGACGGAUCUGCCACCGGGGCGAGUGUUUGGCAGAAGGCAGCUGCCAGCAGCCCUGCACGCUACCUCGUCCAGACUGUGGCCACCCUUGCUCCGCUCCCUGUCAUAAAGGCAGCAGCUGCCCACGCACCACCUGCACCGCCAAGGUGGCUGUGCAGUGUGAUUGUGGGCGAAGAAAGGAAACGGUGGUCUGCGCAGAGGCAGCCACUUCAUAUCAGAGGUAUGCAGCCAUCGCCAUGGCCAGCAAACUGUCUGACAUGCAGCUCGGUGACUCAAUGGACAUCGGCCCACUCCUCACUAAGAAGGAGCUGAAACAGACCAGACUUGAAUGUGAUCAAGAUUGUGCUACUUUGGAGAGAAACAGACGUUUGGCGGAGGCGUUGCAAAUAGACCCAUCCUCUGACCCCUUCAACGUUCGCUCUACUUCUGUAUACAGCGACAGCCUCAAAGAGGAUGCCAGAAAAGACCUGAAAUUCGUCUCCGAGGUAGAAGAGGAGAUCAGGAAUCUUGUUGAGCUUGCUAAUAAGGGAAAACAACCAAAGAGAACCCACCGUUUCCCACCCAUGAACAGAGAACACCGGAAGAUCAUCCACGAGCUGGCCGAGGUUUAUACUGUGGAGAGCGUGAGCUACGACAACGAGCCCAAACGCAACGUGGUCAUCACAGCCCACAAGGGGAAGGCAGCGUGUCCAAACUCAACCCUGACAUCACUGAUAGAGCGAGAGAUGGCUGUGAGGGCCCCUCCUCCCAUCGCUCACAUCAAACAGCAUAGCAGCAAGGCCGUCAGUGGAGGCGCCUGGUCGAAGAUUGCUAAAGAAGAGCCUAUGAUAGAUUAUUUCGAUGUCCAGGACUAAAAUGAGGCCAAAAAAAAAAAAAAGUCAAAAACCUCAGGAUCUACUCACAAACAUCAGUCUUCAUCUGCCAAAAAGUCUGAAUAACCUUAUUUCAUUUGUGUUCAUCAAUGAUCAAUAGGCUUCUGGUUCCAUAAUAAAAUAAAAUUAUUUGGGAACAACACUUAAUAUAUCUAGGAGGAAGAAGUGAAUGAGUGCCGAGUUAAGUGCAGUAGUUGUAAAUUUCCCCUUGAAAUGAGAAAUUAAAGUUGACUGAGCCUGGCACGGAUGAUUUUGAAAGGCCUCAGAGUGUUUUCUUUGCCUCCUUUGUAUGCAGCCAGUCUCUCAUUGAACCCAACUUAAUAAAAGCUGAAUUCUGCCUUA